CUGCAAAAUCUUUCAUAUAAUAUACAUUUGUUCGAUCGUUAGGCGCCGGCUGAGGUUAAGCAGAGUUGCUCAACUGCCUCUGACAUGGACGUCGCUCAUGAAAGACUCAUCCCAAAGGAGCAUGGCAGAUUGAAGUCCUUGGAGAAAGCCGCCAGCGACCCAUAUUUGACGCCAACCAAACCAUUGAUACAGAGGGCUACACAAAUACUGCAUGUCAAAAAUGAUUUUGAUCAAUAUUUCCAACCAAUUUUUGUUGCGUUCGGUCCCCUCCACCAUCCGAGGGAUGAUGAUUCGAGACUCUACAGAGCUGAGAGCUCCAAGCUACAAUUGGCAGCGAAGUUCAUCAAAGGCAGUGGCAGAACGAACGAAGACUUCUACAACAAUGUCAAGGAGCACUUAAGUAGCUUGAAGAAGUGCUAUGAGCAGAAAGAACUCGAUAAGUGGAAGGAGAAUUGGGAUGAUGAUGACUUGGCUUGGAUGUUCCUUGUGGAUGGCUGUGCGGUGUUGUAUUUGGCGCACCUUGAUGUGAACCACUAUUGGGAGAAAGUGGGAUGUAAGAAUAUUGAUCUAGUUGCAUUUGCAAAGCUAGAUAUGUUCUUGCUUGAGAACCAACUGCCAUUCCAACUCCUUCAGCUGCUGAUGAGCUUGUGCACUUGGGUCCCUCACAGGGAAUUGGAUGGUAAAGACGAGGGAGGUGAUUCUUCGCACACAGAUAAUGGAAAAGCUCCUGAACAGGUGUUGAUGGAUUCCCUCAAAUGUUUCGUCCAUAUGAAUGCCAUGAGCCUGGAUCCACAACACAUAUCGAUAUCAAUUUCUGAUGAUCGUAUGCCCAAGUCUCAGACUCGUCAACAUGAUCAGCAGCAGGAGGAAGAAGAGCCUGCUCAUCUUUUGGAACUGUUGCGCAGAGAGCUGAUCGGAGACAAAUUAAGAAAGCAGGGUGAGAAACAGCAACGGGUUAAAAAAUCAGGUGGAUUUUGGGGGAUCGUGAAGAAGUGUUGCAGCAGGAAGAACAAGCAAACAUUUCGCAGCGUAACAGAGAUGAAAGAGAAGGGGAUUUUCUUUAGAAGGAGCAAGAAGGGCAGAGUUACGGACAUUGAAUUUAGCGACCGUUAUUGCAUGGCAACCCUUAAGCUGCCUCCCAUUGUGGUGGACGACUCCACGAUUCCUAAGUUGCUGAACUUGAUAGCUUACGAGAUGUGUCCGGAUUUCGUAAACGACUACGAGAUCACCACUUAUGUGGUAUUCCUAGACUCAUUGAUAGAUAAAGCAGAGGAUGUGAAGGAACUGAGAGUUGCCGGUGUGCUGCACAACGGACUGGGAAGCGAUGAAGCAGUAGCAGAGAUGUUCAACAGGAUGAGCGACAACCUGGUGCCAAAUCCUGAGCUGAAGUACUCAGAUCUGCAAGAGCGUAUCCAAGUACACUGCAACAGUUUAUGGGCGAGCGACUUGGCUCAACUCUAUCAUACCUAUUUCAAGUCUCCCUGGAGCUUCUUGGUCUUCAUUGGUGUCUUGGCGGGUCUUCUUUUGACUGGUCUGCAGACUUAUAAGGAAUUCAACACAAAUCCAGCAAUAAAAUGACCUGUGAACUUCCCUAGAUGAUACCGCAGUACGUGUUUUAUUUAGCUGUCUAAAAAAAUAAAGGAACUGCUCAUGUGUGUUUUGGGAGGUUGGUUUUCGUUUUUUAUUUUUUAUUUUUUAUUUUUUAUUUUUUAUUUUGGCCGAGGUAGUUGGUUGGUUAUAACAAAGAAAAUAAAUGUGUUUUGACAUA